UGACUAUCUGACAGGCAGCUCUGACACUGGUUAUUGCACUCUGACCCUGGGACAGUGAAUGGAUAAAGUGACCAUAGGAACUGGGCAUCACUAGCAAAGAGGUCUGCAGCAAGAAACAAAGAAAAAGAUGCUGGUUUUAUAAAUGAAAGAUGGAUUACAGAUCAUGGAUUUGCACCCUUGUUCUGGUCCUGUUCUUCUCACCCUGGGAAUAUGGAGCAGGUCACAGCCUAGCAGACACCAGCAAUGUGACUGUGGUCAUGUGGGACGGCGAAGUGACAAUUACCUGGGUUCCCCCUGUGGGGGCCCCACCAUUGGCUCAUUACAAGGUGACUACUGCAAAGUACACAAGAACUUCAUUAAAUUGGACCGUUGUGCCUGGCUGUGAGUUUACAAUGCUGAACAGCUGCAAAUUGACUGACGUCAUCACCGAUAUCAAACAUUAUUAUGUGGCUGAGGUUCGACUGGCCACCAAGCAGAACACAUCAGAGUGGAAACUAAGAAGUCCCAGGUUUACCCUGAAAGACAGUCAGCUGAAGCCCCCCGUUUUCACCUUGUCUGUGAGCCCCACUUCAGUGAAGAUCAGAGUUCACAGGACACCAGCCCUGGGCGCUGUCUUCGGCCAUGGGCUCAAAUACCUCUACUACCUGCGAGAGAAAGGCAUGGACAAGGAGUGGAAUGUGACUGAGCAAUGGGAGGAAUAUAAAAAUGGGAGAACGGUAGAAGAAAAUGAGGAGUUUAAGCACCUGCAGUGGGGACAAGAGUACUGUGUCCGUGCAAUGGUGAAGUUCGAGAUGGGAAUCGCUGUAAGCCAGAUGUCCCCGGAGCAGUGCAUCAUUCUGCCAGAACCAGAUUGGUACAGACCCAUGGUGUUGACCUUCAUUGCCCUGGGUGCUCUGGCAGCCCUGGCUUCACUAGUUAAACUAUGCUGCUUCCUGAAGCGUCCAGAGAAACUUCCCAGCACACUGAAAUCCCCCGGGAGUAACUGGCACCCCCUGAGUUUGAAUGAGGUCCCUGUGGAAGUGGUGAUGAACAAGGGAUGGCUCCUGACAAGCCAGAAGACUGAGGGGAAGGGUGGAAAGAUGGCAGAGAAAAUGAGGAUGGCAGAGAAAGAGGAAGGAGAGGAAAGGAGAGGCAGCAUGGAUAGCGGAGUGAGCAUGGACCAGCCCUCAUCAGAAAAAGACGGAGAGGAAGGCAGAAGCGUGAUGCGGCAGCAGGAGGACAGUGGCUGUGGGAGCCUCGGAGAAUCUGACAGCAAUAGCAGCAACAUCAGGGGAGUGUCUGGAGAGCUCCCCCUGCUGGACGGGAAGAAUUCCAGGCAUGGUACUCAACAGAAGGAAGGCAGCGGCAUGGGUGUGGGAUGUCAGUACAGUGGAGCUCAGAGUAUGGAGGGGAAGGAUUAUGAGCACCCACCUGAGGUUGAGGUAGUGAUGGGGGAUGGAUACCGCUGCCAGAUACCAUCUUUUGUGGCCAUCCAGGCCAAUGAGAAAGAAGAGGCCAGAGCGGAAACCCCCAAUGACACGGACAAUAGCAUAGUGAUUGCCGUGGGGUACAGACCUAGUCAACCAAGCUGUGUGUGUUCGGAAAAAGGGAUUUGUUUCUGGUGCCAAUCUUCAACAACAUCUCACACCACGAAUGAGAAUUCUAUGUGCAGCUAUCCCACUACUAACACCAGUGACCAAUUCCCUACAUGCUCAGUAAGUUGCGUGCCAGACAGCUACCCGGAAAAGAACAGUCUCCAGACCGAGGUAGAACUGAGGCAGAGAGACACAUCACUCUUAUCUCACGUAUAUUCUACAGACUCUAGUGAGUGUGCCCCACUUCUGAUCUCUGUACCACAGCUGCCCCUUCUGUAUGAAGGGCUGCAAUGCAGUGCGAAUGCUCUUUCUCUGUCACUGCAAGAUGCUGAGCUGACCUUUGGUUGACUGAUGACACCCUUUCCAAGGAAGCAGUUAUGAACACAGAAGGCUGUGAAAGCUAUAAAAGCAAGCCCAGCGGGAAGGAUGACUGUACCCAUCAAACCUCUUUGUGCCUCAGUGCAGAGAACACAAGC